UUCAGCCUGGGCAGAGUCAAGUGCAGCUCUUAGGGUUAGACGGAGCCUCGCCUGCACAUGACCAGAAGCUGCGCUGUGCUACUAAGCCCCUCGGCGUCCCAGCUAAACGCUCUCCAGCUCGGGAGACAGCUGACGUGCGCCAGAGAUCUGUGCCGCCUUCUGGCUGGAUCUGCCAAGGAAAAGCACUAACUGCUAGUGGGACUCCUCAUCACCAAGGGGCCACUGACCCCCAGCAUAUUUUACAGCUUUUUCUGUCUAGACCCCCCUAAGACUUGGAGAUAAGAAGACAGCUUUUGGAACAGUGCCUCUUGGGUCUCAUGCUGAGAAGGGGGCGGUGCGGCUGUGCGAUGGAAGCAGCCCUCGCUCUUCAGCUGUUCCUGCUACUUGGCAUGGGCCAGCGUUUCAGCAGCGCCUGGAAGCCGUCGCAGCCCAGACUGCAGUUCACCUUCACGGACAAUGUCCACAACCAGCGGAUUGUGCCUUUGCUCUUCAGAGCUGGGGAUUUGCACUCAAUCCUUAUGGAUGAAGACAAUAGGAAGUUGUAUGCAGCCACCAAAGACCACCUGGUCUCCACCAAUCUUGACAACAUCAGCCUUGGCGUGAAGAAGCUGUAUUGGCCAGCCACAUCAGACCGCAUUGAAGAAUGUAAGAUGGCAGGGAAAGACCCAGAGAUGGACUGUGCUAACUUCAUUAGGGUCCUGCACCCUUUUAAUCAGACCCAUCUGUACAUGUGUGGCACGGGAGCAUUUCACCCCCGCUGUGCUUUUAUUAAUACUGCUGUCUUUGACCGAAAUGAACAGCUCAUCCUCAGACCUGAGCAAACAGAGUGUGGAAAAGGGAAAUGUCCAUAUGACCCACGACAAAGAACAGCCACAAACAUGAUAGAUGGAGAGCUGUAUGCUGGCAUUUCUUCUGAUUUCAUGAGCAGGGAUGCUGCAUUCUUUCGGAGCCUGGGCAACAAGCAUGUCAUCCGGACUGAGCAGUAUGACUCCAUGUGGCUGCAAGAUCCCAAGUUCAUUAAGGUGGCUGCCAUCUCAGAGAGUAACAACCAGGAAGAUGACAAGGUGUAUGUGUUCUUUACAGAACGUGCUCAGGAAGCAGAGAAUGGAGGUAGCAAGGUCAUAUAUUCCAGGGUGGCACGUGUUUGCAAGAAUGACAUUGGAGGACAACGCAGUCUAGUCAAUAAAUGGAGCACCUUCCUCAAAGCCAGACUCAUCUGCUCCAUCCAGGGGCCGGAUGGCAUCCAGACACACUUUGAUGAGCUUCAGGACAUUUUCAUUCUCUAUGGAAAGGAUGCAAAGAAUCCCUUAAUCUACGGGCUUUUCACAACAUCCAGUAAUAUUCUCAAUGGCUCAGCAGUAUGCUUGUACAAAAUGGAAGACAUUGUGACUGCCUUCAAGGGACACUUUUUGCAUAAGGAAGGUCCGGAGUACAAGUGGACAGAGUACAGCGGCCGAGUCCCCUUUCCACGGCCUGGCACGUGUCCCAGCAGAACUUAUGGAAACUACCGGUCUACUCGGGAAUACCCAGAUGAUGUCAUCUUCUUCAGUCGCACACACCCACUUAUGUUUGAUGCCAUCUACCCAGUAAAUCAUCACCCCCUGCUGGUGAGGGUGGGUGUGGACUACAAGUUCACCAGGCUGGCAGUGGACAGUGUUGAAGCAGUUGAUGGGCAGUAUCAUGUGAUGUUCAUUGGAACAGACACAGGGGUAGUUAUGAAGUCAAUCUACGUACCUGGAACCAACCAGGACACCCAGGAGAUCACGCUGGAGGAGCUGGAGGCCUUCCCAAAUAAGUCUGCAAUCACAGCGAUGGAGAUUUCCAAAAAGAAGCAGUGGCUGUAUGUUGGUUCCAAAGAUGGACUGGUCCAGCUGAGCCUCUACCAGUGUGAGCUGUAUGGAAAAGCUUGUGCCGAAUGCUGUCUAGCACGGGACCCCUACUGCACUUGGGAUGGCCACUCCUGCAGCCCCUUUAUUUCAUUUCCCAGGCGGCGGAAUGCAAGGCAAGCUGGAGUGAUCCGCAACCCUCUGACUCAGUGCUUUAGUCAAGGAGCUGCCAUGCAAACCAAAGCAGAGGAGAAAGUGAUAGUUGUAGCACCGGGCAACAGCACCUACCUGGAGUGCCUACCAAAAUCUCGUCAUGCCACAGUCACCUGGAUGAGAGAAGGGAUUGAGUCUCCUCGGGAGUUGCAAAUGGUGAUUGCUACAGAAGAGCUGCUACUGAUUGAACAGGGCAUUCUGAUUCGGAAUGCCAAGAUGACACAUGCAGGCACCUACUACUGCCAGCUAGAGGAACACAGCUUCCGUUGGACUGUGCUGAAAGUUAAACUCAUAGUACAGCUUCCAGAAGAAGUGGACAAUUGGACUGUCCAGGAACAGGUCCCAGCGGCCUUCAGCCACAACCAUCAACCUUGGUACCGGGACUUCAUGGCACUCGUCAACUACCCUUCUAAGAUGGACUAUUACUGUGAAAAUGUGUGGCACAGAGAGGCCAAGAAGAAAAAGAAUAAGUUGAGGUCAGCUGGAGGUGGCAGCAAUGAGUGGCACAAGCCAGGGGGUAUGCCUGGAAAGAAAGGCCGAAACAAGCAGCAACCCAGGGCAUUGAGAUCACCUCGCAGUUCACUGCUCACCAGAUGGUGACUUUCUUGAAGCUUGGCUCAUAGCACAUUUAUUUAUUGUAUUUUAUUGUUCUUAUACAUUCACAUGUUUGUUUUUCUAAUUUAAAGUAAAUGUUUCUGUCAUUAUUUAUGGACAGCAUGGACUAGUACGCUAGAUUCUUCACAUAAAUAUGGAGACCCAAGUAGGUGAGAAGACAACCUGCUCAAAGACAUUUGUGUUCUACCUUGCUAGGGGAAAAGGAGUCCUGUUUUCCAACUUUCAUAUGACAUCUGGUUAAAGUGGUAGCCCUAGCCAUGUCAGUAAACAUGCUGGAGUUAGACUGACGUCCUUGUCAUGAUAGACAGCACUGAUUUGCUGUAAAGUCUCUCAUUUUUGCCUUAAUAAUUCAGUCCCAUCUGGCACACCAUCUUUAUUUCACUGUAGCACCCACAAAUUUGUCUCUAGCUUAUCCCUACAUUAAUUUGUUGCUUUGGAUGUGUCUGUCAUAUGAAGGCUUUAGCCACAAAAUGAUCAUCAUCAUGUCAUGACAAGUAGGAGGAGGAGUUUACAAGCCAACUGUAAAGGGUAAAGAUGAGACUGGACUUUGACUGACCUUCUGAAAAAGAACCAGGAUUCAGCUCUGCCCAGAAGGAAACAGGACUGCAUUCAAAUGUUUGUUCACAGGACUUUUUUAUUCCAAAGGAGCAGAAGGGCUGAAUCUUUCCAUACAUAAUUUGGAUGAAGAGACUGGCUGUUGAGGAGCAAAACAAAAAAAGUUAAUCUGCUAAGAAACAGUUUGCUCUGUUCCAGGAAUGACAUUUCACAAUGACCCAAAGCAUCUCAGAGGAAAAGCCCAGGUGCUUCAGUCUCAUGGAUAAACCUGACAAUCAUUUUCUGAAAUACAAGCUCCAUUUCGACAAUUUUAAGCAAUAUGAAAGUCAUAGGCUGCUGCUAGGCCAGGUUGCUUCAGGAUACCCACUAAACCUCUUUAUUGUGACUCCUCAAAUCCUGAGGCUCUCUUAUUAUGAGACAUCAUCUCCAAAGAGACAAUAAAACAGUCAAGAGUAUUGGACCAGUGACAGAUCAGUGACAUACAAAGCCAGUGACACACACAAAAGCUUCUUAAAGGUUAUUCACGCCACUCACAUAUUCCUGACACCCACCUUUUCUUUCUACUUUGUCUUCAGUAGACCAGGAACCAGCACGAAUGAUUUUUGCUGGUGUUGGUCUGGACUGUUUGUGUGCAUUGGCUUUAAAUGAAAGACAGCAGAAAUAAAUCAUAAGUGCCUGGAGAGACCCCCUGCGAACCCCAAAUGCCAUAGUGAAUGAAGACUCUGUUAGAGACAGCUGCCCAAGUCAUGCUCUGUCCCAGUGAGGGGCUGACUCAUAGACCUCUGCUGAACACAGCAGCAAACUUUAUGCAAACUGAUUUUUUGUAUGUUUUUUUUUUUGUGUAAUAAUGUAAAAAAAGAAGUUUUUUUAA